AUGGACGAUCAAGUUUUCAAUCAAUAUACUGAAGAAAUGGAUCAUGAUUUUGAAUCUUAUAACAAUUCACAAAAUUCUGAAGAGAUGCAUAUUACGGGACAAGUUUCUAGUACAAGCGAUACACAUGACACUAUGGUUAUGCAGGCGUAUCAUGUAGUUGAAAGUGAGGAAUCAAUGUUGGAUCCGGCUGUAAAACCAAAGGCUGUACAUCAAUGCCCAGUUUGCAACAAAAUUUUUGUUUCUUUUAAAGGUCUUCAACAACAUGCUAUUAUUCACACGGAUCAAAAGCCUUAUUCCUGUGAUAUUUGCGGAAAAUCAUUUCGAUUUAAAUCAAAUCUUUUUGAGCAUCGUUCUGUCCAUACUGGAACAACUCCACAUCAAUGUAAUCGCCGUGCUCCAGCUGAAAUUCCUCGUGAUGCAAUUAUAAUUCGUCCAAAUGCUGAUUCUACGUCUUUGUUCGCAACGCCAUAUAGACCUAAAAAACGAAAAUUAGGGUUAGGCGCUGAAACGAAAAUUUGGAUUGAAAAAAUUCGAAGAGGAGAACUUCUUCCUGGAAUUUCUAUUUCGGACAAGGAUGGAGCUAUGGAUAUGGAAAAUUUAUUUCAUCAUGCAAGGGCUAUUCCAUUGGAGCAAUAUGACUGUCCGGUUUGCAAGACAACGUUCUUUUCGAGAAUUGAGUGUCAUGAACAUAUUGAAAGUGAACAUUCUAACGUUAGGAAACAACGACCUCAUUUUUGUGACAUUUGUCUUCGCAGCUUCAAUGAACGACAAGCUCUUUCUGCUCAUCAAGAACAUCAUAAACGAGUUGCUGAACCAAUGAUAAUGAUGCCAGUAAUAAAUGAAGCUGAUGAAAAGGUGAUUUCUGAAAAUUUUGGUGCUGGAGGUGAAGGAGACGAAGCCAUUUCUAUAAUUGAAAAUACAACAUUAACCAAUAAUUGGGAUGAAAAUCAUUAAAAUAUGUAUGUACGAAUGACUUCCGUCCACUUCUAUUUAAAAAACAUUUUCAUAACAAACAAAACCGUUCCAUUUUUUAUUCAUUUUUUAUCUUUUGUUAUUUUUAUAAUUUAUUGUUUUACAUAAGUUGAAUAAAUAAUAACGUUACAGUUUAUUUAUUAUACAUUAAUUUAUUAUAUGUGCAUAUAUAUUUUUUUAAUUUUGUCCACCUUUGGUACGUUUAUCUCCAACGAUUUUAAUUUAAGUUUCGACUUUUAAAACUAAACACUUGAGUCUUCUAAAGUUUAUUCCGGAAGUGAGAAAAAAUGAUAGACGAUUCAUUCAAUUUUUCAAGGUUUUUAGUGUAGAUUUAUUAUUUUCUUUACUUUUCAGUCUUAACUUUGUUAAAUUUACGACCGGCCGCCAUUUGAUUAAUUCUUUCCCUUUGGAUGCUGAGCAGUUGGCACGGGAACUUAAAGCUGUUGAGAGAGAAUUAGUUAAAGCAAUUAGAUGCAAUACUGGAGGACGACGCAAAAUUUUUAAAGAAAACUAUCAUUUCUAUCAAAUUUAUAUUAAAUUGGGACAUAUAAAUUUCACUUUCUGCGUAUCAAAAGGCGUAUAAAUACAACAAGGAUAAUUUUUGGAAGGAACAGUCAUCUUUGUAUGGACUUGCAAUGUGUUAUUAUCAUUUUAGAGUUUAUCAUCCGUUGGUUUAUUU